UAUUCAAAUUCUUGACGUUGCAGUACUAUAAACAUGAGGGGAAUUUGAUUUACAUAUAAAAUGUUCCUGAAAACUGGCAAUGCAUUUUUAAAUAUUAUGCGGAAACGCUCAACGACAGUUAAUGCAUUUAAAAAGCUGAUCGACAUUCAUCCGCAAGUACAAUAUUCGCUAGAUAAAUGUAAGCCAAUUGUAGCAUUAGAAUCUACAAUCAUCACACAUGGCAUGCCAUUUCCACAAAAUUUCGAUACAGCACUUGAAGUAGAAGAGUUAGUACGAGCUAAUGGUGCAGUACCGGCAACGAUUGCCAUUAUUGACGGACGUAUAAAAGUCGGUUUAAAUAAUACCGAUUUAGCAAAGUUAGCUGCAAAAAAACAAAAUGAAGUUAUUAAAUGCUCCAGACGUGAUUUGCCGUUUGUAAUAUCUCAACAGAAAUGCGGUGGUACGACAGUUGCUGCAACUAUGAUUAUCGCACACAUGACAGGCAUCAAAGUUUUUGCUACAGGAGGCGUUGGUGGUGUACACCGUGAUGGGCAUAUAUCAAUGGAUAUUUCAGCUGAUUUAAUUGAACUCGGUCGUACGCCUGUGGCAGUCAUUUGCAGUGGUGUAAAGUCAAUUUUAGAUAUACCACGAACAUUAGAGUAUCUUGAAACACAAGGCGUGUGUGUGGCAGCAUAUCAAAAUUAUGGCAUUUUUCCAGAUUUCUAUACACGUGAUAGUGGUUGUAAAGCGCCAUAUAAUUUAGAAAACCCGGCUGAAGCUGCUUAUCUAAUAAAAUGUCUAUAUGAUUUGGAUUUAAAUAGCGGAAUCUUAAUUGGUGUACCAAUCCCAGAAAAAUAUUCAGCAAAUAAAGGUCAAAUUACCUUAGCAAUAGAAGAGGCUUAUAAGAAAGCUGAACAGCAAGAUGUAAAUGGUAAACAAGUAACGCCAUUUUUAUUGGAAGCUAUAAGUAAAAUCACCGAAGGAAAAAGUUUAAAUGCUAACAUGGCUCUUAUUAAAAACAAUGCCACUGUUGGCGCUCAAAUUGCAGUUGAAUUAUGUAAAGAUAAUAUAUAUAAAGAUAUAUAUCUCCAAACAGAAAAAAUGCAUAAAGCUCCUUUGAUAAUUGGCGCUUCCAUUUUGGAUCUCUCAUUAACUAUGAACGAUGAGAUCCCAACUGUAUUGAAUGGUGCUACAUAUCAAAUACAAACUAAGCAAUCUGCCGGCGGUGUCGGACGUAAUCUUGCUGAGGGUAUAUUUAAGUUACAUGGCGAGGCUAAUUUUAUAUCUGUUGUUGGCAAUGAUGAACUGGGUAAAAGUCUCUAUAAACUAAUACCUAAACCAUUGCAACAAAGUGUUGAAAUUGAUAAUACAAACAACACUUCUCUAUGCUCUGUGAUCUUUGAUAAAAGCGGAGACUGUAAGCUUAUUUUGGGUAACAUGGAUAUACAUAAGAGCAUCACACCAGAACUAGUUAUGCAACAAGAGCAAGUAUUUCAAAAAGCGCCCCUUAUUAUAAUGGAUGGGAAUCUGUCAGUGCAGACAAUGGAAUGUGUUUUGGAGCUGGCUUCCAAACACCAACGUCCAGUUUUUUUUGAACCUACAGAUAUGCGUAUCGCUGCUAAACCAUUUACGUUGCCAAAUGAUUUAACGAAACAAAUUAAAAUAAUUUCACCAAAUAUAUUCGAGCUAAAGGCAAUAUUUGAAACUAUUACAAAUACAGAUUUAGUGCUAGAGAAAGAUAUAUUGCAAAAUAAAAAUUUAUUAUUAAAUAUAACCAAAGACAUGUUGUUAAAAAUACAAGAUAACUUUGACUGUGUCAUCGUUACAUUAAGUGAACAUGGCAUACUAUUAAGCUUACGUGGUGGACAUGAAAAGCAAUUAUUUGACACAAAUAAUUUCAAAUAUAUUUCGAAUUCUGACGAUAAGCAUUCAGUGUGUUAUUAUCCUGCUCCCGUUGUUCAAAGUGUGAAGAAUGUUUCUGGUGCUGGCGAUAGUUUCUCUAGCGGUUUUAUUACUGGACUCUUAAGAGGUUAUAAAGUUGAACAAUGUGUAAUAUUGGGCUUCAUGGCUGCCGAAAGAGCAUUACAGUCAUACUCAGCAGUACCUGAAAACUACUUUGCCAAUAAGAAUGAAGAAUCUAAAAUUUUUCUGCAGACAGUUAAGGAAAUUCAAAAGGAAAAUAUAUAGGUUUUAUUAUAACAU